GUAAUUCCUUUGUCAAGAGUUCGAGCAGCAGAAUACACCUUCGAGACUGCCGCCGGACGCCUUCUCGAGAAUGAACAUGUUCAAGGGUAAACCCUGACAAGAUCGUAUAGGACAUCGCGAUGAAGCACAUUUCACCCUACGUUGAGGCAAGUUGAGGAUGGAUAUGGAUGGGUUUUCGGCGACGAUAAUUUGUAAGGAUAUUGCUCCUGACGAUGGGCAAGAAGAGGAGGUAGUUGUCAACGGAAGGUAGAGGCCGGAAGAACGCACGGGAACGGCAGCAACCACAACGAAUGGGCAGAGGAGGAAGUAAAUGGGGACCUUGCGAACGGAUAAAAAAAGGCGGAGACCGGGCGUAACGAAAGAAAGCGACAGCAGCAGCGACAUGGGGCAGAUUUCCGCCUCCUUAGUCCCCGGGCAAGAGAAAGUGGACGACGAAGCAGGAAAUGGCCAGGAUAAAAAGUGCAUUCGGACGGUAGAUAUCUCGUUACAUUACAUUGCCUCAAACGUACAUUUUCUUACAGCCGGAUCUGUAAACAUCACGGCACGAUGCUGUCUUGUGUCUGUGAUCCUCU